AUGCGCGCGGAACAUUUAUUGCUUCUGUUAUUCACCUGUUGGUCCGUGAACGGUUUGGACCUGGCCAAAAGGAUCGUGCAAUUCGACAACGACGAGUCGAAAACGAACAGUGAAAUUUUGCAAACGAAUUACGAUAAUUCCGUGAAAAAUUACGUGGAUCAGACGAAAGUGGUUCGGUUGAACGUUUCGGCGUUAGAUUGGGAUGAUUUUGUAAACGUUUGGAGCCCCCACGCAAUGGCACGACUUUGGAAUCGCGAUGAUCGCAAAUCGCUGAACAUUUCGACAAACUGUGAUCGAGAUGUUACGGAUUACACGGAGGGACUGUCGAUGGAGGAUCAAUGGGCAUUGAAAAUGGCGGACUCGUCCGGCAAGUACACCUGGGCUCUGUUUUCCGGAAACGUGUUUUGGCUAGGAUUCGCGGAUCAGUGUCGCGAAAUGGGCCGCGAAUUCGUCGACUGGCGAAACAAUGGAAGGGCCCAACGUAAAACGGACGUGCCGCCAUUUCUGGUCAGCAUGACUUCCGUCUCCUUCUCUCUCAAAGUUCAUCGUACCGGAUUCAACGAGGUAACUCGUUCAUCGAGGAUUAUUCUUGGUAUGUGUCUGCCCGAUUCGUGCGGCACGAGAGACGUCCGGAAACUGUUCUACUUCGUCCAGGACCAGCGUGGGAACGAUCCGUCCGCGGAAGUAACGAUCGAAGCAAUCAGGAACCUCUCGAAGGGAUACUCGUUUUGGGACGAUCCUGUGUUCUACCUUAUACUGGGUGUGUUGGCCGCGACCAUUGUUUUCGUGAUUCUGGGAACCCUCUACGACGUAUCUCUGAGGUAUCAAGUGUUACGUAUGAUGCAGAAUGGUCAAAGUGCCGAGCAAACGUCCAUGGAGUUGAAAAUCUUGAACGUUAACGCGAUCGUCAACGACGAGAUCACGUUCAAGAAGCUGUGGGCGGUGAAGGAGCACAAUGGCACUUUAGAUAUAAACAAUUCGAAAAGCGUCCCCAAACCACUGUCGGAGGCGUUGCUGUCGUUCAGUCUGCUCUUGAACCUAUCCAAAGUGUUCAGCCUCGACGUGGGAGCCGACACUUUGGCUCCGAUUCACGGUCUACGAUUUAUAUCCAUGCUGUGGGUCAUCCUGCUUCACACUUGCCUCACGGUGAACGUAGUUUCCGACGCCAAAACGUUCAAAUCGAGAGCAGAGACCGAUUUCCUUUUCCAAACCAUCAGCAACGGCACUUACGCCGUGGACACGUUCUUCUUCAUUAGCGGAUGUUUGGUGUCGUUUCUGUAUUUUCGCACCAUUUCCAAAGACACUUUGCGGAAAAUGAGACUGAUCAAGGGCGGGUGUGGCCAGGUCCUCCAGUUCUUAGGCGUAGUAUGGUAUCGAUACUUCCGGUUGACACCGCCGUAUCUUCUCGUGAUAGGGCUGAUCCAAGUAUCGAUGCCUUGGUACUACGAUCACACGAUGCUCGAUCUCUACACGAUCGACUACUAUAAUUGCAGGAAAUUCUGGUGGAGGAACAUAUUGUACAUAAACACGUAUUUCGAAAUGGAGGAGCGGUGCAUGGUGUGGAGCUGGUACUUGGCGAACGACACUCUGUUUUACAUCAUCGGGAUGAUCAUCCUUAUAAUUGGCGCAAGAUAUCUUCCCGCCGCCGCGUUCAUGACGGUCUUCUUUCUGAUCGUGUCUUGGGCCACCACUGCGAUCAUUUCGUGGAACAUGCACCACGUGCCAAGCAUCAAAGAUCCGUUCGCGCACUACGAGAGCCUCUACGACAAACCCUGGUCGAGGAUCGGACCGUAUCUUCUUGGAAUGAUCGCGGGAUGGUAUCUCUUCAAGUCUAACUGCGCGAUGAAGGUUCACAAGACCGUGGCGCUUGGCUGUUGGAUCUUCUCCUUCGUCACGAUGUUGACCAUAGUCUACGGACUAUACGGAAACUCUUACGGCCGUUUUUUGUCGGCAGCGUACACAGCUCUGUCGCAUUCUGGCUGGGCAGCUUGCGUCGGAUGGAUUCUAAUCGCUUGCGUUACCGGAAACGGUGGCCCCGUAAAUAGGAUACUAUCCUGGAAAUACCUGUAUCCACUUUCCAGGCUGUCGUAUUGCGUGUAUUUGGUGCAUCCAGCUAUCAUACGAGCGGUAAUAUUACACGGAGAGGCUUCGAUACACUUAACCAAUGGACUGAUGGCUAUACUGUUCUUUGGGUUCACGGUGGCGUCUUAUGCCGUUGGAUUGGUCAUCAGCCUACUCUUCGAGGCUCCUAUGGUCUCUCUAUUAAGAAUAGUCCAUCCUAUGAGACGGUGGAAAACGACAAACUGA